AUGGCCACACAUAUCUUGUUUGAAACAUCGACUGGAUUCAAUAUCUUCAGUUUGAGCGAAACCGAGCAAAUUCAAAAUGCUUCCGUACAGAAAUCGAUGCAAGAUUUUGACAAGUUCUCAAAGUCUGCCAAGUUGAUCGGUGAGUUGCCAUUCACAUCGGCACAAGAGGCUCUCGAAAACAUCAAUUCCAUCUCUGAAGGAAUGUUGACUGACUCUCUCAAGUCUUUCCUCAAACAAACCUUGAAGAAAUCAUCGGGUGUCGUACUCGGUGUCUCUGACAAUAAAUUGGCUGCUUCCAUCCAAGAGUCAACCGCUAUCAACUGUAUUUCCAACGCUCUCACACAUGAAGUAUUACGUUGUAUUAGAUUACAUGUCAAUUCAUUCACUAAAUUGAAGGAUAGAGAUUUAGUUAAAGCACAACUUGGUCUUGGUCACAGUUACUCUAGAUCCAAGGUAAAGUUCAACGUUCACAAGGUCGACAAUAUGAUUAUUCAAGCCAUCAGCACUUUGGAGCAAUUGGACAAAGAUCUCAAUACAUUCCAUAUGCGUGUCCGUGAGUGGUACGCAUGGCAUUUCCCAGAGUUGAUAAAGAUCGUCAAGGAGAACAUUCAUUUCGCACGUUUGGUCAAGUUGAUCGAGAACAAGACCUCCUUGAACGAAGAGAUGAUCGAUGACAUCAAGAAGAUCGUCGGUGACGACGAACAACUCGCCAAAGACAUUUUCAGUGCCGGAAAGUCCUCUAUGGGUACCGACAUCUCCACCAUCGAUUUGGAAUCAAUUAUACAUUUUGCCGAUCGUGUCAUCUCGCUCCACGAGUACCGUGACUCCCUCGAGCAAUAUCUCACCAAGAAGAUGCGUGACAUCGCUCCAAAUCUCCAAACCCUCAUUGGUGACCGUGUUGGUGCUCAAUUGAUUGCCCGUGCCGGUUCACUCACCAAUCUCGCCAAAUAUCCAGCUUCCACCGUUCAAAUUCUUGGUGCUGAGAAAGCUUUAUUCAGAGCUAUCAAAGUUCGUGGAAAGACUCCAAAGUAUGGUAUUAUUUAUAAAUCUGGUUUCAUCUCUAAAGCAACACCAAAGAAUAAAGGUAGAAUUUCCAGAUGUCUCGCAAAUAAAGUAUCAAUUGCCACCAGAAUCGAUUGUUUCUCUGAGAAUCCAACUGACAAGUUUGGUUUGACAUUAAAGAAACAAGUUGAUGACAGAUUAGAGUUCUUCACCAGCGGUGUUUCUCCAAAGAGAAAUUUAGAUGUUAUGAGAGAAGUUAUUAAAGAAGUUGAAAAAGAUUUUUCCGAGUCAAAUAAACGUUCAGCAGACGAUAUGGAUGAGGUAGAAGAGAAACCAUCAAAGAAGUCAUCCUCAAAGAAACAAAAGGUUGAAAAGGAGGAGAAGAAGGAGAAGAAAGAGGAGAAGGAAGAGAAGAAAUCCUCAUCAAAGAAGGACAAGAAGGAAAAGAAGGAAGACGCCAUGGAGGUCGACGAAAAGCCAAAGAAAAAGAAGAAGGAAGAGAAGGAAGAGAAGGAAGAAAAGAAAUCAUCAUCAAAGAAGGAUAAGAAGGAGGAGAAGGAAGAGAAGAAGUCAUCAUCAAAGAAGGAUAAGAAGGAAGAGAAGAAAUCAUCAUCCAAAAAAUCAAAAGAGUAA